AUGAAUUCUGAAACCACGCUUGCAGAGACUGUGCCACCACCGUACAGCUCCUUUAGCACCGCCAAAAAAAGAUACAUUGUUGCUACAGCCGCAGGGGCUGGUCUAUUUUCUUCCUUGUCGGCCCAGAUCUAUUUCCCAGCCCUGAACACGUUGGCCAGCGACCUCAAUGUCUCAGCAUCCCUGAUAAACCUGACUGUGACAAGUUACAUGAUCUUCCAAGGAAUUGCGCCCAUGUUCAUCGGCGACUUUGCGGACAGAACAGGUCGUCGACCAGCAUAUAUCAUCUGUUUUAUUAUUUAUAUCGCGUCAAACAUCGGACUAGCUUUGCAGGACAGCUACACUGCUCUCAUUAUAUUGCGAUGCUUGCAGAGUUCCGGGAUCAGCAGUAGCGUGGCGCUCUCUGCAGCUACCGUGGCCGAUAUUAGCACGAAACAGGAACGAGGAUCGAUGAUGGGCUUUGUGAUGGCUGGGAAUUUCAUGGGCCCUGCCAUUGGUCCGAUCAUUGGAGGUCUGCUAGCCCAAUAUCUGGGCUGGCGCUCGAUCUUCUGGUUCCUCACCAUCGCCUCUGGCGUAUUCUUAUUGCCUCUCCUCCUCUUUCUGCCAGAAACGGCCCGAAACGUCGUUGGUGACGGCUCAUCUCCUGCACAGCUGUGGAAUCGGCCCUUGAUUCACUUGUUCUCUCGUCAUAAUUGGGAUAAGCAGUAUCCUUCCGACAAGGAUAGUCUUGACCGAUCUGACAACAGCGACUCGCCAAAGAAAGUCAUCGAGCAUAAACUCAAAUUCCCCAACCCGCUGAAACCUUUGAUACUUGUGUUCCAUCCGAACUCAAUCAUCAUUCUCUUGGUAACGGGAAUUAUCAUGGGUGGAAACAUGACUGUUCUCUCAUCUAUCACGGAGAUAUACACAGCGCAGUACGGUCUAGACGAGCUUGAGAUUGGUCUAUGUUAUAUCUCGCUCGGCACUGGGUCUAUCGUGGCCUCGGUUGUGACAGGGCGCCUGCUGGACUGGAACUACCGACGCAUGGCUGCCAACAGAGCCGCUGAUCUUACUACCCCCGAACAAGACAAAACCGAGGAUUCGAUCCCUGUCGAGAAGGCCCGUAGUAUGAUUACUAUUCCUCUCGUUGUUCUCGGCAGUGUCACCGUGCUAGCGUUUGGCUGGGUUUUAAAGUAUGGAGCGCCUCUUGCUGCUCCGGAGGUGCUUCUAUUCUUCGUUGGCGUAGGGCAGACUGGUGGUUUUAUCUCAACCUCUACCCUGCUGGUCGAUCUACACACCGCUAAUCCGGCUGCUGCUACCGCUGCGAACAAUUUGGUGCGGUCUUUCUUCUCGGCUGCAGCCUCGGCUGCCAUCGAUCCUAUGCUGACUGCAAUGGGUCGGGGGUGGACAUUCACGUUGGUGGCAUUCAUAUUGCUAGCAACAAUCCCAUUCUUGUUGUUGCUAUGCGGGAUGGGGCGUCAAAAGAAGGACUCACCAGAGAGAUCUGACGAUUGA